AAUGGGCUUUCCCUCUCUUUCUUUCUGUAUCUCUCUUUUAUCGCUCCUAAACCCUUAUCAAAUCAGAAUCUGCAGUUUUCUUCCCUUCUUCUUCUUUCUUUCUUUCUGAAACUUACUACGAUUUAGUUUCCAACAUUUUUUUCCGCCUAAACGUGUUGACGGACUCUCACCAAAAACAGAAUGGGACGCAAUUCGUCCAACCAUUCUGAGUCUCCAGUUAGGAGGCGAGGGUCUCCUCAAAGGAGGAGUCCGUCUAAUAGAGAAAGAUCACCUGGAAGGCAUAAGAGUUCACAUAAAGGAAGCUCCCCUGUAAGAGAAAAGUCUCCUUCUCGGCACAGGAGGUCUCACAGGGAUCAUUCUUUGGAAAGAGAGAAUCGUUCUAGCCAUACGAAGUCUCCAAAACAUGCUAGUUCACGUUCUCCUUCCCCCAGGACAAAGAGGUUGAGGAGACCACAGGCUGAAAAGGAAGUUGAGAAAGUGGAGAGGGAGUAUGAGAGAAAUCAUAGCAGGGGUAGUGAGAAGAGUACACAUAAGGAUAGAGCUUCAGGGAAGGAAAGGAUUUCAGAGAGGGAGACGGGGGGUGACAGAAAGGAUAGACGGUCGGGACGAGAUGAUACUGAUAGCAAGUCUAGUAGAGGAAGACAUGAGUGGUCUGUUUCUCCAUUGGAUCGCCACCACAGGAGCAGGCAUAGAUCUCGCUCACCUGCUUCAAAUUCAAGAUCUCGGGAUGAGGUAAAUAAUUCAAGAGGUGCCGAACAUAGCAGGGAUGAUGAAGAUGAUUCUGUUGCUAAGAUGAAGGCAGCUGAGGAUGCCUUGGAAGCAAAACAAAAACAAAAACCUACAUUUGAGCUAUCUGGAAAGCUUGCAGCAGAAACCAACAGAGUUAGAGGUGUGACUCUGCUGUUCAAUGAACCCCCUGAUGCUCGAAAACCCGAUAUAAGAUGGCGACUCUAUGUUUUCAAAGCUGGCGAAGUACUAAAUGAACCCCUUUAUAUACAUCGCCAGAGCUGUUACCUUUUCGGGAGGGAAAGGCGAGUGGCAGAUGUACCGACAGACCAUCCAUCCUGCAGCAAGCAACAUGCUGUCAUUCAAUUCCGUCAAGUAGAAAAAGUGCAACCUGAUGGUACAUUAACCAAGCAAGUAAGGCCUUAUAUAAUGGACCUUGGAAGCACUAAUAAAACUUUCAUUAAUGACAAUCCAAUUGAACCUCAACGUUAUUAUGAACUUUUUGAGAAAGACACCAUUAAAUUUGGUAAUAGUAGCCGAGAGUAUGUUCUACUGCACGAGAACUCUUCCCAGUGAGACACGCACACACACAAUCAGACGGCCACCACUACGAUAUAAACCAAUCUCAUCAGCAUGCACUAGAGGCAAGAAUAUAUUUAUCAACAUCAUUAUCACAAAAUACAAAGACCGAUGUCAAUGUGUUCAGUUUUUCCACAUUUGAGAUUGAAGAGGUUCCUUGUAGAACUAGAUGACUGGGUUUAAUCUAGUGCGAACUUGUGUAUGUCAAUGAUUUCUUCAAAGUAGUCAGUGUUGUUUGUACUUAA